AUGAGCCCCAUCGCCAGCAUCAUUGAGGGUUCCCUCCCGCUGGUCUACUCGGUUGCCUCGGCACUGACCAUCCUGCACCUCUCCAGGAAACCCGUUCAUCUGGAUCAAUAUUCCCCUUUAAACGACAAUUACGAGGACGACGAAGAUCAAGUCGACCACCGGCCAGUAGCCCAUCCCGUCGAAUCGGGUGCGUCCGUCACAGACUCUCCAACUGUCGACCAAGUUCAGGCACAGUACCAGGCACAACGCUCCUCCGGCUUGAGCGUCAAUCUUGCCCGCCUUGGUCUCACAGCCUUUCAACUCGGCCUCGCCCUGUUUUCCAUUAUCCUCUUGAAGAACACCAAUGAUGAUGACCAGGACCGCAACAAUGGCCGCACCACCCCCUGGACCGAUAGUAUCCAGAUCCUCUCCUGGGUCUACGCUCUCGCUCUUUCCUUUAUCUAUGUCAUCCGUCCUGCCAUCGCCUUCCAGUUCUGGAUUCGCCCUCAACUGGACUUGUUCUACGCCCUCAUGAUCACGCUGCAAUCGAUUCGCCUUUACCAGACCGACAUUUUCAGCUUGCCUUUGUCUGAAUUGCCUCUCUGGCUCGAGUUGGAGACGUUGGCCUGGGUUGGCAGUGCCUUGCUCCUUUGGGUUUCCUUGGUUACCAAGCCUUAUCAGCCCAUGGCCGUUACGAAGAAAUUGAAGGAGGGCGAGUCCUCCCGUCUCCCUUCGCCCGAAUACUCGUCGUCGCUCUACUCUCAAUUGGCCUUUGCAUGGGUGAACCCCUUGGUCUACCUCGGAUACAGACGCCCUCUUCAGGAUAUUGAUUUGCCCGACAUUGAGAUUGAGGAUUAUUCUACUCAUUCCAUGAAGCGGUACAACCUCGUUAAGCAGGACUCGCUCUUCUGGUCACUCUUCAAGGUCCUCAAAUGGGAGUUCUUUGCCCAGUUCCUCUGGGCCCUCCCAUGGUGCAUCCUCAUCAACGUCUCACCCUACUGCCUCAACAAGAUCAUCAGCUACAUCGAGUGCAAGGACUGUGGACCCCCAACCGCCGCCCAGUAUCUCUAUGUCUUUGGUCUACUCUUCUCCUCGCUCCUCGAGUCACUCACCGACCAACAGGCCCUCCACAUCGGACGUCGCAUCUUCCUCCACACCAUCUCCAUCUGCAACGCCGAGGUCUUUGCAAAGUCUCUCCGCCGCAAGGACAUGGCCUCGCCUGCCGACAAGGAAGAGGGCGAGAAGGAGGACGGUGGUGACAAGAAGAAGGACGGAAGUCUCAACAUUGCCAAUCUUAUCGCCGUCGAUGUCAAGAAGCUGGAGAUUCCCUUCAGUUAUGUCUUUUACCUAUAUGGAUUCCCCAUUCAGUUCAUUCUCGCCGGUGUUCAGUUGUACUGGCUCCUCGGAUAUGCUUCCCUGGUGGGCAUUGCCUGCAUGUUCUUGACCUACCCUAUUCCUGCCAAGCUGUAUUCGAUGAUCCUCAAGCUCUUUAAGGACAUCAUGAACACCAAGGAUGAGCGUAUGGACGCCCUCAACGAGAUGUUGUCUGCUAUCCGCAUUGUCAAGUUCUUUGGCUGGGAGUCCAAGUUUGAGGAAAAGAUCACCGCCGCCCGUGAGAAGGAGUUGCAGCGCACCAAGGAAUCUUAUAUUCAAAUGAUUUUCACCGACAUUGUCUGGAUGAUCGUUCCUCUGCUCAACGUCGUUGUCAUCUUGACAGUUUACACCAAGGUCUUUGGCCACGAGAUCUCCGCCUCCAAGAUGUUCACAACCUUAGCCCUUUUCAACAUCAUGCGCCAGUCCUUGAACACCCUCCCCUGGCAGAUCAAGAAUACCAUGCAAGCCGCCGUCAGUUUGAAGCGUAUCAACAAGUUCCUCCUCGAGGAGGAGCUCGUCAAGGACACCACCGUCACUAAGCUCGACAGCAAGGCUCGCGUCGAUUCCUCCAACCCUACCAUCGGUUUCGUCAAUGCUUCGUACAUCUGGCCUAACAAAGAACAUGGCAAGGAGGCUGUCGCUGAGAAGGCUGCUCCCAAGAAGGUCUCUCUCUGGCAGAAGAUCAAGGCCACGUUCUCCAAAACCCCUGCCGUCGACCUUUCAGAGGAACCCGUUGCCGAUGUCGCAGCUCCCGAGGAGCGCUUCAAGCUCAAGAAUGUUUCGGUCGACUUUCCUGUCGGCAAGCUCUCUGUCAUUGUCGGACCCACUGGUUCCGGAAAGUCGGCUAUGUUGCUCGCUCUUUUGGGUGAGCUCGACCGUUUGGAUGGUCACCACUUUAUGCCUCGUCUGGAUUAUGAGCGCCGGGCCUCUCAUGCCGAGGGGUCUGGUAUUGCUUAUGUCGCCCAGACCGCCUGGCUCCAGAACACCACCAUCCGCAGCAACAUUCUUUUUGGCCGGGAAUUUGAUCAGGAGCGUUACGAUGCCGUUGUCGAGGGCUGUGCCUUGUUGACCGAUUUCGAGAUCUUGGAGUCUGGUGAUGCCACCGAGAUUGGAGAGCAGGGUAUUACCUUGUCUGGAGGCCAGAAGCAGCGUGUUUCUUUGGCCAGAGCUAUUUACUCGAACGCCUCCGUCUUGCUCUUGGAUGACUGUCUCUCUGCCGUCGAUACCCACACUGGAAAGCAACUCUUCCAGACUUUGACUGGUCCCUUGGUCGCUGGUCGCACCACCAUCAUGGUCACCCAUCAGGUUCAACUCUGCAUGAACUCUGCUAGCUUGGUUGUCGUCUUGAACAAGGGCGAGAUUCUUGGAUCCGGUACUCCCGAGGAGGCUGUCCGUAACGAGUGGGUCGAGAACAUCAACCUGUCUGCCCUCAAUGAUGGAGAUUCGAGCGAGGUCAGCACUCUUCGCAACGAGGAUGCUCAGACCAAGCCCAAGAAGGAUGCCAAGGAAAAGACUACCGUCAAGCUCACCGAGGACGAGAAGAAGGUCGAGGGAGCUGUCGCCUGGGACGUCUACAAGACCUACUUGGUCGCUUCUGGUGGAUGGCCCUUCUGGGUCGGUCUUGUUAUUCUCUUUUUGACCCGCGAGCUUGUCGAUGUCAGUCAGAACGCCUGGUUGGCCGUCUGGGCCAACAAGAUGGCAAAAUCCACUGGCUCCUACACCGUCAAGGCCUUUGACUACAUUGUCCCCGAGCCCAUUUCCCAAUCCUUGUACGCCUCCUUUGCCCCCGCCGACGACAAGCCCUACGGUGCCAUGACCAUGUCGGUCUUUGGCAAGGGUGAGCCCGAGACUGUCAACGUCGACUUUUACCUUGGCAUCUACGUACUUUUGAGCAUCUCCACCCUCUUCAUGGCCGCCUUGACCAACUACUAUACCAUCUUUGGAGGAUUAGCCGCUUCCCGCUCAUUGCACCAGCAGCUCUUGCGCAAGGUCUCCCGCGCUAAGGUCCGUUUCUUUGACACCACCCCCAUUGGUCGUAUCGUCAACCGCUUCAGUUCUGAUAUGUCGACCAUCGAUGACGAUGUCAGCAACGGUCUCCAGGGUCUCUUUGGUUCCUUUGUCACCAUCCUCGGGAUCGUCGUCAUCAUCUCGGCCAACAUGCCUCUGUUCAUGAUCCCCGCCGUCUUUAUCGUUGUCGUCUACGGUAUCAUCGGUGCUCUCUACGUCCCUGUCUCUCGCGAUCUCAAACGUCUCAACUCGAACUCUCGUUCGCCCAUCUUGAACCACUUCAACGAGGCCCUGAGCGGCCUGCCCACCAUCCGUGCCUAUGGUUUCGAGAAGCGCUUCCUAUCCAAAAACCUCACCAACCAGGACAACAACAACCGCACCUUCAUCCUGCUCUGGGCGACCAACCGUUGGUUGCACUGGCGUGUCGAUAUUGCCGGAGCCAUGGUCGCCUUCACCACCGGUAUCUUGAUUUUGCAGAACUACGGCAAGAUUGAGCCAGGUUGGGCUGCUUUGAGUUUGACCUACGCUCUCAUGUUCACCGGUACUAUUGUCUGGUUGAUUCGUAUCUAUGCCCAGAACGAGAUGAACUUGAACUCGGUCGAGCGUGUUGCCGAGUACAUGAACUUGGAGGAGGAACCCCCAGCCAUAAUCGAGGGUUCCCGCCCCCCAGCUUCGUGGCCUCAUGCCGGAGAGAUUGUUGUCGACCACCUGACCAUGAAGUAUGCGCCCGAUGCCCCUGCUGUCAUCAAAGAUAUCUCGUUCAGAAUCAAGGCUGGCGAGAAGAUUGGUGUUGUCGGCCGUACUGGAUCCGGAAAGUCUACCUUUGCCAUCAGUUUGUUCCGCUUUAUGGAUCCCGUCGGAGGUACCAUUACCAUUGACGGCAUUGAUAUCUGCAAGAUCGGUCUCCAGGACUUGCGUUCCAACUUGACCAUCAUUCCUCAGGAUCCCAUCCUGUUCAAGGGUACCCUCCGGUCCAACUUGGAUCCUUUCGGUGAGCGCGAAGACAGGGAGCUUUGGGAGGCUCUUCGUAGAAGUCACUUGCUCCCCGAUACCAACCCUUCGUCCAGACUCCCAAGUCACCGUAACAGUACCGAGCUCACAGCUGAUGGUCCUCAGGUCAAGUCGCGUGCUGGUUCCCUCAAGGACGCCGCUGAAGCUCUCGAGAGCGAGACAAUCGAUCCCUCCAAGAUCACUCUGGAUACCCCCGUCAAGGAGAACGGCUCCAACUUUUCUCAGGGUCAGCGCCAGCUGAUCGCCUUGGCUCGUGCCUUGGUUCGCCAGUCCAAGAUUAUUGUCAUGGACGAGGCCACUGCCAGUGUCGACUUUGAGACUGACCUCAAGAUUCAGGGCACUAUUCGUGAGGAGAUGGCCAACUCGACCAUUUUGACGAUUGCGCACAGAAUCAGGACGAUUGCCGACUUUGACCGUGUCUUGGUCAUGAACGCCGGAGAGGUUGCCGAGUUUGACAAGCCCUUGACGCUGAUGAACCAGCCCGACAGCAUAUUCAGAUCAAUGUGCGAGCGGUCGUCCGAGUUUGACGCACUGUUCGCAAUUGCCGAGGAGAAGGAACGGAGGGAUGCUGAGCGCAACUAG